AUGCGGCGACUCUGCUUGCAGGAGCCCGAGGUCGCCUAUCUUGUGAUGUUUGCUCCCGAUUUGCGUCAGCUUAGCCUGCAGGGCAAUCGGAUUCGUGCACUUCCCGGUGCCAUGUGGCAAUCAGCCAGUCUUAGGAUUCUUGAUGUCAGUCACAACAUGCUCUCUCAUCUGCCAUUGUCACGACCGCUUCACUGGAUGAUGCCGGGUGAACCAAUCUCGCCCGAUGGAAAUAUACGAGCUGGUCUUGCAUCUACUUAUCUCCGCUUAGAACGGCGUGUGGCUGAUGCCGCUGGUGGGAAGGCUGUUGGCUUCUGUAACAACCGACAAUGUCAUUGUCAAUUCUCCUGCCGAAGGGCCUCCCAACGCUCGACGACAGCUCACAUGAAGUCAUCCCCGAUUUCACCAUCUGUUCCGCAUUCUUCGCUCGCAUCGAUUCGAAAGUCUUCUGAUCUAGUGACGCCUCAUCUUCAGGUAGAUUGGCUUGAGGCCGCUUUCAUCAAACUGCUCUACUGGUUUCAGAUAUCCAGUCCUGAGACCUCUGGUGAUGAGGAUGACUCUAUGGCCGACAAUUCGAGCACCAGAGCUUGUCUCAGGACUCAUCUAAAGCAGCGCUCGUCUGUCUCCGGCUCCAGAAUGUCGAUCCCUAGUCUGGAGGCAGCAGGGCCAGUUCCAUUUGCAGUGGACAAGCGACGACAACUUCAGCAACAGCCCACAUCAGAGUCGAGCCGGCGUAAUUGUGCCGGCUAUAAGAGGCAGGAUUCCAGUUAUUCAGCGGCUGGUGCAUCGGAAGUGGAAGUCGAUAAUACCAAAGUAGAGCCAGAUUGCCACAUUUCUGGACCUGGAAGGGAGUCAGCGAAGUCCCAAUCUAUCGGUUGGACUUGUCGAUGCGUCGCUAUGGCAAUUGUCUACCUAAACUGGACCCGAUCUACUCGCGUCUUCGUAAAUGCUCUCACGCCACAGUCAGCUUUCCCGGGUCGGAAUUAUCGCCUGCCCAAACGAAUUAUCAGA